AUGAGUCGACCACGAGCCCUCGUAUAUCGCGGUCCCGCGACGAGUGAAGGCCUACCAGAAGCAGUCGCACAGCUGCUCGAAUCCUCGCCAAGACAUUUUGAAGUGCAGUACGCCGGCCCUAACGAAGCAGUCGACAUCUCUGCUGAGGCUUUACGAGCGGUCGACUUGUACGCACAGCCAGGGGGCGAUGACCUGGACGAUGCUUUUGUAGAAGUGCGGAAAUAUCGGGCACCGAUUCGCGAAUUCGUGUCGAAUGGUGGCCGAUACCUUGGGUUUUGCCUCGGAGCCUAUUUGGCAGGGCACACGCCUGGGUUUGGUCUGUUGCCCAAGCACGCUGAUACAGAUUCAGAGUGCGAGCAGAAGACCGCACAAGUAAAGAACGACGAUGACACCAUCAUCCAAGUUGAUUGGAAAUGGUCGGCCGGUCCAAACGCUGGCCAGACCACAAAAGACAGAUGGAUCUAUUUCCAGGAAGGUGCUGUGAUUCAGGGUUUUCGUCCCUCUGCUGACGCCUUCAUCCUUGGACGGUAUUCGAAGAGUGGCGGUGUUGCUGCUUCCGUCAAUAGACAUGGCAAAGGUUGGGUUGGCCUGGUUGGACCGCAUCCGGAGGCCACCCAAGAAUGGUUUGACAUAGAAAAUAUUGUUAGCCCCGAUGGCCUGCAAUACGACAUCGGGUACGACUUGAUCGAGGCGACAAUGGCAGGUGGACCUCACCAACCAGAGAAGGAGCUGUAG